UUUACAUCAGACUGCAGUUGAGUAGCGUCGGUGUGAGACUGUGUCCUGAACUAGUGCCAAGACUAAACAUAUAAGCUCACGAUCUCAGUUGGAGUCCCUUUCUCAAGAAAGAAACCAUGACGCAAGCAUUUCAAGACUUCUUGAAGACGGUGGUCAUCCCCAAAGAUGACUUGGACUUCGGUAAAGUGGUGACCCUCAGCUGCACCGACACUGUCGACGUCACGCCGGAAGUGUACUGGUCGGCCUUUGAUGACUACUUCCGGUUGCAGUCCUAUGUUGGAAUGCACGAGAACACCAAAACAAUCAAAGGCGAUGGCGGCGUGGGGACGGUUAUAGAGUUCGACUUCAUGGGCGGAAAGACAAAGGAAGAACUUGUGGAGAAAGAUGACGCCACCAAGACUUGGGCCAUCGAGAUGCUGGGUUCUAAUCCCAUGUUUACCAGCUACAAGGCUACGGUUAAGGUGGAAGAAGACACGGCUGAGACAGCCAACGUGACCAUGACCGUCGUGGCGACGUCAGCGGUCCAAGACGCUGAGAAGAGAAAGUCUCAACUUGCCUUCACCAAGUACAUGCUGCGGAACCGCAUCACUGAGGUUCUCUGCCUUCUUGCGGACAACGAUGGCAACGUCUUAGACUUCGAGAUUGAGGUGGACUGCGCCUUUAAGAAGAUGUGGGACGCGGUGGACGACUGGAGCGGCUGCUCGUGGGUCUGCCAGGCCACCGGCGCCGAGGCCUGCCCCCUACCGGAGAAACACGACCUGCGCAGGAAGGUGUUCUUCGGCGAGAGGGCGCUGGACGAGCGUUUGGUGAGCGUGUCGGACAACCCGCCCAGUCUGACCUAUGAACUCGGCAGGAGUGACGUCAUGAAGACCCUGUUCUACCGCGGAAAGGUGGCGCUGGAGAAGAUCAGUGACCAGAAGACGAAGGUGAAGUACACCGCCAUCUUCCUGCCCCAGCCGGGAGUCGACGCCAAGGCCAACAUCAAGCCGCUCAUGGAUUAUCGUCUGCAGUUCAUCAAGACCAAAUUCCAGGAAGAAUAAAACCGAAUCU